AUGUCCGACAUCACCCCCUUCAUCACUGUCCUGGAGGCCGCCCAGAAGAAGGAGAAGUUCACUCCGGAGGUCCAGGCCGCCGCCGAGGGCAUCGACAUCGAGGUCCUGAAGGCCGCGUUCGCCAAGGUCGCCGACCAGGGCGAGUUCGAGAAGCUCGACGAUGCCGCCGAGGCUGCCGCUCUCCAGAAGGGCUUCGAGUUCGCCGCCAAGGCCGUCAUGAUGCUGCAGAAGCAGCCCGGUCUUUUGGAGAAGAAGGACCUCUACAUCUACUUCAAGGUCAGCAAGGGCGAGGUUAUGGAGAAGCCCGGCAUGUUCGAUAUCCAGCUCUACGGCGCCUGGGAGGGUGUCAAGGACUACAGCGUCGCCAAGGCCAACCAGCGCUACAUCGAGCACGUCACUGCUCUGAUUGUCAAGUACGGCACUGUCGACAACUAA